AUGAAUAUAUUAGACGUAAACGAAAAAGUGUUAGUGGACAACAGUAUAAUAAAUUAUGAAUAUCAUACACACCAACCGUACACUACGAGAUUUGGAAAUAAUGAUGAAAUUAGAAUUCCAAUACAGGAAGACAUGUGCACUCUUCCCUCAGAAAGUCACCUCUACAUUGAGGGAAGAUUACUGCGGCAAGAUGGGACUGCAUCACUUAACGCAAAAUUUGUAAAUAAUGGCGUUGCAUUCCUUUUUAGUGAAAUUCGCUAUGAAAUAAACGGGAUAGUCGUCGACUCCAUAACUAAAGCAGGGUUAUCAUCAACUAUGAAGGCUUUAGUAUCCUUAACUCCUAGUGAUAAUACGCGUUAUCAAAAUUGCGGAUGGUUCCCGACCAGUACUAGUACAAUUACAAACCCAACAGGUCAUUUCAACAUUUGCAUACCGCUAAAGCUUCUAUUGGGAUUUGCCGAGGACUAUAGAAAAGUGAUAUUAAAUAUACGACAGGAACUUGUUCUCAUACGAAGCAAUGCAGAUGACGAUGCUGUAAUAUCCACAGUUGCGGAUGAAGCUCUUAAAGUAGACAUUGAGAAGAUCCAUUGGAAAGUACCUCACAUCAUUCCAGCACUUGCGGAAGAAUUGGCUUUAACAAAAUACAUUGAUAAAAAUUCGGAGACCCAAAUCGCGUUUAGAAGUUGGGAAACACACCUAUACCCAGCUCUUCCACAAACGGAUAAACAUACAUGGGCUAUAAAGACGACAACCAGUUUGGAAACACCUCGAUAUAUCAUCAUCGGUUUUCAAACAAAUCGAGAUGGGCAAGUUAGUAAAGAUAUGAGCCAAUUUGAUCACUGUGACAUUAAAAAUGUACGUGUGUUUCUCAAUACGGAACGUUAUCCUUAUGAUAAUUUAAACAUUAAUUAUGGAAAUAAUCGGUACGCCACAUUAUACGACAUGUACGCAAAGUUUCAAUCGUCUUACUAUGGCACAGAAAAUCGACCUGUACUAAACCGAAAAGAAUUUAAAGAAAUCGCUCCUUUAAUCGUUGUCGAUUGCUCAAAUCAAAAAGAAGGUUUGAAUUCCAAAUCGGUGGUACUGCGAAUCGAAUUUGAAACUAAUGCCAAUAUCCCAAAAGAUACUAUAGCCUACUGUUUGAUUUUGCACGAUCGAGUAUUUACCUACAACGCAUUAACAAAGGCAGUGCGACAAGUUUAA